AUGCCUCCCUCCCCGAAUCCAAACCAAGCCACGGACUACGCGAUCGCCAUGUCCCCGGUUCCUGGCACCGUCAACGAGCCCACUAUCGAAGGACGAGCCAUUCAAGCGCGAUGGAUCGUGUACACGUCUGCUGCCGUCGCCAUGCUGGAAGCUUUCCACUAUGGUUGGUCGAGUCACCAGAUCAAUCUCCACAAAUUCAACAACACCGAAGACUGCAACGCCCGUCCGGUCGUCGAGGGGACCUGUAUCAUGUUCCCUGGACACACCAAGACCACUUGGACGUUGCUCUCCAACGCAUGGAUUGUCGGCGGCAUGGUAGGCAGUUUCCUGUCUGGUAUUCCGUCCAACAAGUACGGGCGUCGAAUGACUCUACGCUUCAAUACUGUCAUCAUGGUACUGGCCUCUGUUAUCCAAGUCGUUGCCCCCAAUCCCUUUUGGUUCGGCUUCGGCCGAUUCGUUGCUGGAAUCGCCAACGGUAUCGCUAUGGCCGUCGUCAACACGUUCCUAAGUGAGAUCUCUACCCCUCACAACCGCCACGCUCUCGGUACCAACACGCACUUGGCUGCUACGCUCGGUAUCUUAGGUGUAGCCACGACGUUCUGGUACUGGAACACCACAUCCGGAUUCCGCUGGAUCGCUGCAAUCCCUAUCGUUCUCGCUGCCGGUUACCUGCUCUGCUCCUACUUCGUCAUGGUCGAAAGUCCCGUGUGGCUUGUAGCGAAGGGCCGUGAGCAAGAAGCCGAACGGGAGAUCGCUCGUCUGUACGGCAAAGAAAACGUCGAAGCCAUGAUGAGCUGGAUCCAGGCCCGCGAACAGCGAACCAAAUUACCGUCGACUGUAAGUGGUGAAUCGGUACAGAUGGAAGCCGAGAGUCCGUGGACGAUCCUGGCCAACCCAAAGUUCCGUAAGCAACUCGUGGUGGCCUUGGGACUCACGUGUAUCAACCAGUUGGUUGGCAUCAAUGCCGUUUUCUGGUACUCGUCAUCUAUUCUGACUGGAGCGGGCAUCGCGGAUGCGCGACUUGGUGUGGUUAUCAUCGACAUUCUGAACGUUGUACCGGUACCGAUCGCUGCUUAUGCUACUCAGUUCCUACCCAAGCGCCCGAUGCUUCUUUGGGGCAUUGCUAUCAUGGCUGUGUGCUGCAUUGGAAUGACGUUCUCUAUGGUCUACGGUGUCGGUUGGCUCUCCGUCACUAUGCUUGGUAUCUACGUGGUUGGCUACGACGUCAGUAUCGGUCCACUGCUCUGGCCUAUGAUCGCUGAAUUCUUCCCGGACUCCGCGCGUGGUGGCGCUGUCGGCAUCUGCGUCUUCUUGAAAUGGACGUGUGCGCUCAUUAUCGGUAUCGCGUUCCCGUACGUCCAGGACGCUAUCACAGACUACAGCUUCACGCCGUUCCUGGGCACUACUAUUCUGUCGAUCAUCUUUAUCUACUUCAUGGUGCCGGAGACUUCGGACUUGACGAUCGCUGAGAUCCAGAACGGCUUCCGUGGUGACGAGAACCUGCACUCGGUCAAGAGUCAGCAGUAGGAAGUGAGAAAUGUCGAGCCGGCGUAGUGUGUAGCUGGUAGAAGUGCUUUGCAUUUGGUUUGCCUAUUGUCAUUGAAAACAAGAAAUUCUUG